CUUGGAUAGGGAGUGACUCUCAGAGCAUCCAUAGCAUUAGGGAAGGGAGUGAGAGAAGAAUUUCCAAGCAUCCUGGGAGUAUCUAAGGCAGCCAAACCAGCUGCAAACACCCUAUAGAAGCUGCUACAUCCUAUAGUAGCCCAUUAAAAGACUCUCCCCUACUUAUAAAAGGAUGGGUGGCCCAAAAAACGCCUCUCUCUUUCCAGCAAGAAAAUUCCCCUCAAAUAGUUAAAAUAUUACAUGUGUGAGGAGCCCUGCAAGGAUGUCUGUCGACAGACACUGAAGGGUCUCACCAGGGCAACCAGGCCAUUGUUUCCCUGGUAAUCUUCUAUUGCUUCACUUAUGGAGGCUUAAUCCCCUUUUAAACAAAUUGCUGCAGCAGCAGUGGCUCCUCACACUCUCAGCAAACGGGGUCAGCCCAAGCAGGGUGCAGCAGGCUCUCCACCAUGAGACAGGGCCUAUUUAAUGUGCCCGGGGCGUGGGUCCCACCAUCCCCAUGGAAUGUUUGCGUUUGAAGUGGGGCUGGAGAAACGGUUGCCCCUCAGGCCCUUCCAUUCCAGGCCCAAGAGCAGCUCUCCCCUGGCUUCCCACCCCGCACCAGGGCUUUCCCUGCUGCUUUGCUCUGUUGCAGUUGGAUGACAGGCUGGUGUCCUACCUCCCUGGUCGACUGGUAGCCAAGGAAGAGCUAAGAAAAGGCACGUUGGAUGAAGGGAACUGGCGGUUUGAACCUGGCUGCAGGCCGAGUGGGGAGAAGAGGAUGGACGCUGGUGGUGAGAAGAGAUCUUUGCUGCUGAGUUAAAGGUGGUUUUUCUAAUGGCUGAUGGUCCACAUUUUUCCCUCCUUCCUCCACUGACCAUGGCUCCAAGCUGGACACAGCCAAGGUGUGGCCCAACAGGCCAUGGGGUUCUCCUUGCACUGGGCCUCUCCUUCCUGCUGUGGGGGCUCCUGCUGCCUUGCGCAGACUGCGGCCCCCAGACCUCCUGGGGCUACUCAGCCUACGAGAUAGUCAUUCCAAGGAAAGUUGGCCCCAACGUGGGGAAAGCCGGCCAGGACGUAGUGUCUUAUGUCAUCAACGUUCAGGGGGUAGAUUACACCAUUCAUCUCAGGCAGAAAGACUUCAUAACAAAAAACUUCCCCGUACUCAUUUAUGACUCCCAAGGGGAAAUCAUGGUUGAACAGCCCCAUGUGCAAGAGGAUUGCUAUUACCAUGGCUAUGUGGAAGGCAUCCCAAACUCCAUGGUGUCCCUGACUACCUGCUCUGGGCUCAGAGGACUGCUGCAGAUUAGAAACUCAAGCUACAGCAUCGAGCCCCUGGCACCUUCCACCACGGCUGAGCAUCUUCUGUUGCUGAGGGAGGAGGUGGUUCCUGGAACAGUGAUAUAUAAAAUGUCCCAGAAAGGCAAACAAUUUCCAGGUCCUGGUACAGCAAUUAGGCAGUUCCAGCCCCAGAAGCACACACGGUAUUUGGAGCUUCUUGUCGUGGUGGACAAAGAAGGUUUAGACACCUUUGGCAGAAGUAUAACUAAUGUGACACUGGAAGUUAUUGAAAUAAUCAAUCUGGUGGACGGGCUCUUUCAUUCUUUCCGCCUUCGUGUUUUGAUAACUGCACUAGAGGUUUGGGUAGAGAAGAACCCAAUCGCUGUUACUGAAAACAUUACCGAGGUCCUUCAUAAUUUCAACCUUUGGCGGCAGCAGCAAAGCCUUACGCAUGACAUGGGGUGUCUCUUUGCCUCGAAGAGCUUUAGUGACAGCCCGGGAGUGUUGCACAUGGGGGACAAAUCCAACUUUGCCAGUGCAUGUGAUACAAAACGUGCCUCUGCGGUCGUAUCGUUUGCAAAACAGCCUUACAUGGAGACGGCCAUCCAUGUCGCUCGUGCGUUAGGGUAUGCCCUUGGCAUGGAGUACAACGACAGGUACUGCAGAUGUGGCAACACGUCGAAAUGCAUCAUGAGCACCAACGGCACGGUGAACUAUCAAUUCAGCAACUGCAGCAAAAAGCAGUAUUUUGAUUUUAUAGCGUCAGGCCGAGGAUUCUGCCUUAUUAACGCCCCAGAAUCGAUAAAGACAUUUGCACUGCGGCGCUGUGGGAACGGCAUCGUGGACAUUGGGGAAGAGUGCGACUGCGGCUCGGAAUUACAGUGUAAAUUGGACCAUUGUUGUGACGAUACCUGUCACCAAAAAAAAGGAGCCAUUUGCACUACUGGAGGCUGCUGUAAGAAUUGCAGGCCUCUUCCAGAAGGACACGUGUGUAGGAAGAGCGCUGGUCUGUGUGAUUUGCCUGAGUAUUGCAACGGGGUAUCUGCGCAUUGCCCAGCAGAUGUGGCCAAGCAAGAUGGGACUGUGUGUGCCGAGGAUGGGCACUGUUAUGCAGGCAAAUGCCAAUCCCGCACGCUACAGUGUAUGAGUAUCUUUGGCAAGGAAGCAAGGCCUGCUCCACUACCGUGUUUCCAGGAGGUGAACAUGAAAGGGGAUCGGUUUGGCAAUUGCAGGGGAGACGGCGCAAAUGUUGACUUUCAGAAAUGUAAGCUCAAAAAUGUCCUGUGUGGGAGGAUGCAGUGUAUAAAUGUUAGAAAUCUACCUAAGAUGGAAGAUCACACAACCAUCAUUCAAACCCUGGUGGACAAUACCUGGUGUUGGGGCACAGACUACCACUUGGGGGUGGACGUUCUGGAUGUUGGCAUCGUUAAGGACGGCAUGCAGUGCGGGGAGAAGAAGAUCUGCAUUAACCAGACGUGUGUUCCCCAAGAGAGACACUUGACAUCCCGCUGUUCCGCUGAGACAACGUGUGGAGGAAAAGGCAUCUGCAACACUCGAGGAAACUGCCACUGUGACAAUGGCUGGGCACCUCCUUACUGCGAAUUUUUUGGCUUUGGAGGAAGUGUUGACAGUGGGCCUGCAUCGGUCACUAAAAAGGGGCUUUUUAGCUUCAUCGUUGAGAUUAUUGUAAUAAGUGUUGCUGUUCUGGUGCUCACAGCACUUGCCAUAGGGCACGUGAGAAAGCUCAGAGUAACCCAAGCAUUGAACAGAUUCAUCGGAUGCUUUCAGGCUAAAGAACAGGCUUCUGAGAAGGGUGCGAAGGACCAGACAGAAGAAGACAUCUCAAAACCAGCUGAGUACGAAACCACUUCUGUGUAGGACUUCAAGUGGCAGCAAUGGAAAGCUGGACUCAGUCACUAGACUCAGACUCCAGAGACCAGACAUUUCAAACUGAUCCAGAUGCAAGCAUAGAGCUAGGGGACCUCAUUUUUAUUUUGUAGGAUGGAAUAGAAUAGCAAAUAGAAAAUAGCAAAAUUAAAUUGUUUCGCUUGACCUUGCUCCAUAGGCGAAAAAAAAGUCAAUGACAAAAAUGACCGAGGCGCUCUGGUUAAUUUAAAAUCUGCCUGCUGAUUUACCCUGACAGACACAGACUGAGCAAGGAGGCUCCUGGGAGGACUGAGGCAGAGCCUUUUGCAAGGCAAGAGCAGUGGCCAACUCUCAGCCCAGAGUGUGGGGGGGCUACAGCAACGAGUCCCCCUCUCCACUAAUCCCCCACUCCCCAAAGGACACCUGCACUUCCCUCUGAGCAAAGGUGGGUCACAGAACUUCUACUAUGGAAGGGGUGCAAACUGUCCACACCACUGUAUAGAACUUUGUCCCCACACCCUAUGGCCACCUCCUCUGGUGCUGGGGUCCCAGAGUCCCACCUUCAAGUCCAUCCAGUCACCACAGCCCAUGAACAAACGUGAGCUGCUGAGAACAUCAGGUGGUGUUAUGCAGGAGACAGGAGGAGGGAGAAAAAGAGCUCUGAGGCUUGAUUACAGGAGAAAAAGAUGUGGAAUAUAUCUGAAAGGAAAGAAGUGGGGGGGGAAAAAUAUCAUUACUGCUCACAUCAGUAGCCUCUGUGGAAAGCAGAAAGCUGGCAGGAUCGUUUGGACAGGAGCUUUCAAGGAAGGCUUUGAGCAGGUAAAGCUGUCAGCAGCAUCCGAUCCCCGUCAGGCUGAGCUUGACAAAAAAGCCAGGCGGCUGUGGAGGUGUCAGUGCAAGCUGGGAGCAGCAGGCGCAGGGACGGUGCAAAAAAAAAUUAAAAAAAAAUAAAAUCACUUCAGCACAUCCUGAGGAAGCAGCCGAAACGCUGGGGAGCAGGAUUGCUUUGUGCUAGAAGAGGAAAUUUUCCCCACUGGAACGGGCUGUUGCUCACCUCCAGGCAGAGCUGGUUAAUGAUAAAUUCAGAGCUGCAGAGGUUGCUGCUGCCAGUGCUCAACGUGUGUAUGAAAUGUGUUUUUUCUGUGUGUAACGAGCUGUGUCUGCCAUCCCUCUGGCACAGGCCAGGUGUGCGGGGUAACCACCAACUGAUGGAUGCCCCGUGGGUGGUGUUUACAGCAGGAGUCUCCAGAGAAAAUAACAGAACUUCGGUAGUAUGGGCAUAUAACUUACAAAAAAAAAUAAACAUACAUAUACAUACAUGUUCUGGCUACAGACGCGAUCAAUUUAUCCAAAACAUACUGCUAUCCUCUGAAGAUUCACAUCUCCCUGAUUGGGCUGGAGACCUGGAUAUACAGCAACUUCAUCAGGUAGAGUCAGGAUAUAGAAAAAGUUCUUAAAAAAUUUAACGACUGGGGAAAAAGGGAUCUUUCUCAGAUGAUGGAAUACGACAUUGCACAUUUAUUUACAUGGACUUUGGACUAAUUGUUGGGCUGGCAUAUGUAGGUAGCAUCUGCCACCCUGGUUAUCAGUUGAGUGUUGUCUCACACAUACGGAGAGAUUUCAUAAGCUUUGUGAUUAUUUUUACCCCGAAGGUGGACUGCUUGUCCCAGGAGAUUUUUCACAAAGGGAUUUACAGAAUGUAACUGUGUAAACUGUAUGAAAGUUAAUUACACAAAGCUUGAGUAUUUCCUCUUCUUGUGUUACCUACUAUGUAAAUAAAUUUGGGUUGGACCCAAAAAGUGAAACUGUUAGAAAAUAGAGUGCAAAAGUGAGAGAGUUGUUUUCAACUCAGCUAAAGAUUUGUUCCUAUAGAACAGUGGCACCUUAGUAAAUAAUUCACUUGCCCACCUAGAAGAGUACAAACAGAUUUAUGUAAAGUCCUGCUCACCUGGUUCAUGAGAGAUGCUCCAUCUGCUUCGACCAUGAGGUUGAAGAAGCUUAUUUUUCUGAAGGGAAAUGUGCAAAAAGUCGACGCACAGAAGUGAGUGCAGAUUUUUUUUAAGCUACUUUGCAAUUUGUCAUUCCUUGCAGUUGGCUAUUAGCGUGGUAUAUGUUCUUAUUUUUUACAGUAAAUUAAAAGUCAGAGAUUGAAAAAUAUUAACCUUUGCUUUACUGUUAAUUUGUAAUGGCAAACACUUAGAGAAUUAAAACAACCUUUGACCACCUACCCUCAAACGAGCUGUACCAGAUCUCUGAGCUGUUACAUAUAAUUUGCUGCAUUUCUACAGACAUUUCCAUACGGAGAAAGUCUGUACUAAAGAUUUACCACAUUUAGAGAAUCCAUUUACAGUCCAUACAAACCUGUGAAAUAAAUAACUAUCUUCACUGAA